AUGGGUGAUCUUCUUCAAUCUCAAGAGCCACAGCCACAGCCACCUCUUCUGUUCUUGCUCGGAGAACUCUCCGGCGAAACCAAGCAUGGUUUGGUCGACCCAAUCGACAACACGUUCAACAGCAUCGACUUUCCUGAACUCGAAAGCCAGUCCGAAUGCCUUUCUUCCAACUUCGGUUGGCUACUCAUACUCUCACGUGAAACCUCUUCACUCUUCUUCUUCAACCCCAUUACUCGUCACAGAAUCGACCUCCCAUUCUGGAACCAUCUUUUUGCCGUCGCCGCUUUCUCUGCUCCUCCAACCUCCCCUGAUUGCUCUGUUUUCGCCGUGGAGAUGCCCAAGUACUCUUGCAGACUUCGUAUAGAUACUCUUAACGUGGGACAAAAGGCUUGGACCCGCCAUGGCUACUUUAACAACAUAAAAACCACCUUCACUGGCGUUGUCGAAGCAGCCUAUAGUAAGGGAUGUUUGUACUGCGUGGAUAUGAGGGGGAGAGUUGGAAUCUUUGAUGGAAAACAUGGAAGUUGGAAGGUUGUUCCUUGCAAAGGUUUUCAGAAAGUUCAAGUUCCUUAUCUGGUUGAAUUCAAUGGAGAAAUAUAUGCAGCAAAGAAAGGAGCCUAUGGAGAGGUUGAGAAACUUGAGAGGUUGAUCAUGGACGAUAAUAGGGCCGUUUGGAAGGAGGUAAAGGAUUUGGGUGAUGUUGAUGUAUAUCUUGGACCAUAUGGUUCUUGUUUUUUGCCUUUGCAUGGUGAAAAUAUGGAGAAGAAGUUUUUUAUUGCUAAUCUUAGACCUAAAUCGAUGUAUCCAAUCUCCACCGUUGAUCUUGAUGACUGCAUCUGUAAGAAGAGUUCAAUCUCGGUUCCCGAAUCCUAUGGUUGUUAUUACACACCGGUUUGGAUUCAGAGGCAAAACCCAUAG